GUUUCAGAGUGAGUCUCAAGGACAAAUCUUAAAUGGACCCAUCCGACGUUGCGUUGAGGAUGCUUACUGGUAAAAAAUAUCUUUGCGGAUUUCAGUUCCUUUAAAUAAGAAAAAACAAAGAACAGGGUAAAAUCUCGUUAGUUCCGUCGGAACUUUAAUUCUUUCUUUUUUUAUAAUCUUGUUUUACUACCCCUAGGUAUCGCUUUUAUAACUUAUUCACUGUUUUUGUUUUCGACAGAGAACUUUUCUGCGUUUUCUGUUAAAAGCUUUGCAAGUUCCCAAGACAAGCACUGAGGCUACCACUGCUGAUGAGGAACAGAACUCUUUGCGAAAAGCGCAGAAUCACUUGCAAGGGUCGUCGUAUAACAGGGGCGGAGUCCUCACCAGUUGACCAAUCCCUGCGCACGAGUUUUUUUUGGAAGCUCUCCAAAUAGCGUAAGCUAGUCGUAGCGGCUGAGUGCGCUGAGUUCAGUCGCGUACCGUGUCCUGGGAUAACUGGCGGAGCAGCAGCAACAGCAGCAGCAUCGUUUGAGAUUCUAGACGGGAUGUUCAUCGAUCAGUGAGAGAGGAUGCUCAGUGUCUGGAGUCUAUGAAAGUAGUGGUACGAAUACUAAACUGUAUAACGUUAACCAGACUAUAAAACAGUGUUGACGCCAGUGGAAUGUUUGAAAAUAUAUAUAAUAGUGCAAAAUAUAGAUCAGGUGAAAGGAAAAAGAUUCUCAACAUCUGAACAGAUCAAACAAACAAUAAAAAGACUGCGUUCUUUUGAAUUAUUGAAAAGUCGCAGGAAGCCUAAUGAUGCUUUAAACCUUUGUAACAAGAUUUCGAGAGUAUAUUUUUGAAGAGAAAAAGUGCAUUACAAUUUUUCAAAUAAUUGCCAAGCUUCUUCUAUCUGUCGUGACGAAAAUGGCCGAUCGACCCGUUGUUCCUAUAGAUAUCCGGAUGCUACGCGUCCUAAUCAGAAGAUGAAGUCCAUGCUGUGGAGGUUAAGGUCGCAUGAGUUCCAACAGUUUAAAACGAUCAAUGCAAACCCGAAGUACCGAUGUCGAGGGUUUCAAAAUUUGCCCAAGAUUCGAAUUCAUCGAUGACCAAUUACGUGUACCUUGGAGAUACUGAUUACAAUGUUCUGAGUAUGCUAUAAUUGUCGAAGUAAUGAACAAAGUGAAAUUGUCGACAAUCACGACUUUCCGUUGCGCGGUACAUCGGCCAACGUGGAUGAUCAGCACCUGCGCCCGGAAGCUUUUUAGAAUCGUAUUGUUCCUGACACUGUUAGCUGGUAUACAAUGCGAAAACGGUACUCGCGUACCUAGAGGAAUUAAAGAGCUACAGGCUGCUCUAAAUGUGGCUGCUCGACCACCGCCACCAUUUCUUGGUCACUGCGACUUUGAGGAAAUCUGUGAUUGGUCCUGGAACCGCACCAGUGGCUUCGUUAGAACAUCUGCACCGGUACCUAGUAAAUUCGGACCUACAACCGAUGCUAGCAAAUCGCCAAAUGGACAUUUUCUCUGGCUGUACGGAAGGGAUGGUCAGAUCUCUUCAAGACAAAUUCCCCGUACUGGUACCAGAUGCCUUCUAGAAGUUGCACUUCAUCAGGUGGAGAUGAGGAAUGGCGACAUUCGUCUCAUCAUCCAGACUAAUAAUUUCACCAGCUUGGUCGCUACCGAACGUUCUGGCAACAAUCAUGCCCAAUGGGAGAUAACAAGAUUCAAUUUGGGAGCUAUGAAUCAACCUUAUAACGUUUCCUUGGAAAUGGUGGUGCCAUAUGCGAACUCAAGCAUCGCUGUAGACAACAUACGAUUAGUCGAUUGUUUUCCAGAAUCACCACCAGUCGGUAGAGUGUGUACGGAUGAUAUGUUUUUGUGCAACAACGGUUCCUGUUUGAAUAGAACUCGAAUUUGCGACUUGACGCCUGAUUGCGCAGAUGGUGAAGAUGAACUAGUCGAAUGCGAUAAAAUGCCAGAAUAUUCGAGAUGCAAUUUCGAGGAUGGUUGGUGUGGUUGGACAAAUGUUCCAGGAAGGCCUUUGAACUGGACACUUCAUCAAGGUCCAACACCAACUGAAAGGACUGGACCUAGUUACGAUCAUACUUAUCGAAAUACAACAGGAACGUAUGCAUUUGUGGACAUGUCCCGAAGAGCUGAAUAUGGGAGUCGUGCUACUAUAGAAAGUCCCGUUUUUAAUCCAACGCCACCAUAUAAUAGUGAUCGUACUAGUCCAUAUUACCAGUCAUGUCAGGUUCGCUUUUUCUACCAUCAAUACGGAGUUCAUCAGGGUUCUCUUGGUUUAUACCUAGUACAAAUAAAACCACAUCAAAAUCAAUCAGAGAGGUUGUGGUGGAAUUAUGGUGAUCGAAGUGAUGUUUGGUAUAAUCAGGCAGUUAUUUUACCAGAUACAAGAUACAGAUAUUUUCUACAAUUUGAAGCCAGCAAAGGUUACGCGUCGAAAAGUGAUAUUGCCAUUGAUGAUUUUUCAUUGAGUCCCGAAUGCUUUGGAAUAGGAGUGCCAGCAGAUAUUGUUGGAGACUUCAAUUAUUAUAAUCCUAUAAUAGAGUUGGAAAGCAAACCAGAACAACAUGUUGAUUUUGCCAAUGAAACAGUUGUCAGGAUAACUACGUGUGGAGCUCUAGGUAGAACUGGUCCUACUUUGGAGGAAUGCAAUGAAGAGUACAAUAGUACUGAAAUUGAACUCUUGAUCCCGCCAUUAUCAUCUGUCUCCGCAUCUGACGAAGCUACGCCAUUUAAUUUCAAGGGUAUUCAACGUUGGACUGCACCACGUGGUGGAUACUACACAGUGAUCGCAAUGGGCGCACGUGGUGGUCGAGGUUCAGGAGGUAUGGGUAGCACGCUGGGAGCUUUGGUACAGGGUAUAAUUGAACUUGAAAAGGGACAGCAGAUUUAUUUCAUGGUUGGACAACCAGGUUCCGAUGCUUGUCCUAAGAAUCUUGGAUUGAAAACGCACUACUGCCAGUCCUCUACCCAGACGAAGGUUUCGUCAUCAUCAGGAACAUCGUCGAUCGUUCGGGAAGUUAAGAAUAUCAAAUUGAAAGACGGCGGUGGAGGUGGGGGCGGAGCCACUUAUAUAUUCACGCUGAAAGCAAAUGGUGAGCAGCAACCGCUGCUAAUAGCAGCAGGAGGUGGUGGUCUAGGCCUAGGUCAUUUUGUAAAUGAUGGAACUCAGCAUGGUCAGGGACCACCACCGCCAGGUAGAAAUCCAACUUCCGGUUACACAGUAAAAGGAAAUGCGGGAGCGGGAGGUGGCUGGAAUGGUUCAUCUAACAACAUGACAGGUCAACCAUCUAUGGGAAUGCCGUUGAUUUACGGCGGAAUAGGUGGAGUGGGUUGUGGAAAUAAAAUUGAAGGUCACGGGGAUGGAGGGUUCGGUGGAGGUGGGGGAGGUUGCCUAACGGGAGGUGGUGGAGGUGGUUACAUAGGAGGAAGUACAGGUCACACAGAGUCUGGCAAUGGAGAAGGCGGAUACUCCUACGCCUCGUCUGAACUAUUACACAUCAGCUUUAAACCUGGCGUCAACCAAGGUCCUGGCGAAGUCUUUAUCAUAGCUGCGAUAAGUGGAUGUGGCUGUGACUUCCGAUGUGUAGUGACCGAUCAACACUUGAGUCAGACCAAGUGCCUAUGUCCACCUGGCUGGCUACUUGGAAAUAACUCUCAUUCUUGUUUGAUGACUGACAAACCUACCGUGAGUCAUCGGACAUUCAUGAUGAUCCUAGUCGCAGUUAGUCUUGUUUUACUUUUUGCCUUCUCUGGACUGUGCGCUUUAUUAUAUAAUCGUUAUCAGAAUCGCAAAGCACUUUCGCGGAGAAGACAGGUCAUGUUUGGCAACGGCACGGAAUUAACAGCGCUACGAGCCGUCUCUGACAACAUGAUGACAGAAUUCAAUCCGAACUAUGAAUUCGCUGGAAACUUGUAUACUUUUAAGGAUCUUCCCCAAAUACCAAGAGAUAACAUAUCUUUGGUGAAACCACUUGGACAGGGAGCCUUUGGUGAGGUCUUUCAAGGUGUCUACAAGUACAGAUGCAACGAAGAGCAUCCUGUAGCUGUAAAGACUCUUCCGUCCUUAUCCACGUCCCAAGCUGAAGCAGAUUUCAUGAUGGAAGCUUUAAUAAUGAGCAAGUUUAAUCAUGGAAAUAUAGUUCACUUCAUUGGAGUAUCAUUUGAUAAACAUCCCAGGUACAUUGUACUGGAGUUGCUAGCUGGUGGAGAUCUUAAGAAUUUUCUUCGGGAAGAGCGUCCACGACCGGAUCGAUCUACGAAACUGACCAUGCAAGACUUGGUGAUGUGUGCAUUCGAUGUGGCGAACGGAUGCAAAUAUAUGGAGGACGCCAGAUUCAUUCACCGUGAUAUCGCAGCUCGGAAUUGUCUGCUGACUUGUAAAGGUCCAGGUCGAGUCGUCAAGAUAGCGGACUUCGGCAUGGCCCGAGACAUCUAUAGAAGCGAUUAUUAUCGUAAGGGUGGAAAGGCCAUGUUGCCAAUUAAGUGGAUGCCACCUGAAAGCUUCCUGGAUGGAAUAUUUACGACAAAAACAGAUGUCUGGGCAUUUGGCGUACUCUUAUGGGAAAUCAUGUCCUUUGGCUAUAUGCCUUACACUGGUUGUGCCAAUCGAGAGGUCAUGUCCAUGGUUACCAAUGGUGGCAGACUCGAAAGGCCUGCUGGAUGUCCUGAUCCUAUUUAUGGUGUUAUGACAAGAUGCUGGCAUCCUCAUCCUGAAGACAGGCCGAGUUUUACGACAAUCGUUGAGCGUAUAGGUUACUGCCUUCAAGAUCCAGAUGUCAUAAAUUAUCCAAUGCCUAAUUACGACAUUUUACCAGUUUACGAGAGAGAGGUAACGAUCAUGAGACCAGACCCAGAAACAGAAUGUAUCAAUGUACGCAGUAACUUGGAUGGAUGUGGUUAUAUGCAACCCAGAUCAAAUUUUCGUGCAGUCGCAUAUCGGAUAGGACCUGCGCCAGGUAUCGUAUACGCAGCGUUGCGCCACUGCGAUGAUUGCGAGAACGAGAAUAUCCAAGAAACUACACUAACGGAGCCAAAGAACGAGGGGAAUGAUUGUCUAAACUCCCCAGAUGCCCUAGAAGACCCAAACGGAGAUUACAGUAACGAGGAGAAGUACCAGCCAGAAGUCAAGCAUCUGGAACAAAAUACGAAUAACGCGUCCAGUAUAGGGGUGGCAAAUGAUACCGAGAACAAUUAUGGGAAUGUUACUAAUAACGAGAAGGGUAAACAAAAUGGCAACGGUGAAAGUACUACUACUACAGAUACCAACUCACCGCCGGACACGUUGGUCUCUUUACCUAAUACAAGGACAUCUUCUCCAAGUCACACGGUAUUAAAUGCCAAUGUAAACAUUAAUGGCAUCCUUCGUAAAAGUGCAUUGAAAGCGGCCCUGAGUCUAGACCCUAGUGCCCUUUGUCGUGGGACAAUACCCUAUGAAAAAAUUGCAUUCUCACCGCCACCACCGCGUUUAAGUAAUCCUGGCAGUAUGGAGCUUAGAAAGGGUUCUUUAGGACACGAAUUACCAAGGGAAGAAGAAUGCUCUUGCUGAGGUUCAUUAAAAGGCGGCUGACAGUCUUCGUCAGGCUUCGAAGCCGUCAGACCACCUAGAAGAUCAUCGACCAUGCCAAUCAUGGGACAGGAACUUGAUGAUGACGCUAAUCGUUCUCAGCAAUCCUCUGAAGAGACGCUCAUUUGACACACAAAUCUAGAAGAUCGUCGAGGGCGACAUCUGUCAGAUUGCUUGCAGGUAAUGAAAACAGAAGACUCAUAACAAGGUUUGAUAAAGGAAAAGAAAGAAAAUUAAAUUCUAUAAAAAUUUCGUAACACAAUAUGAAUAAGUAAUGUGUUUAAAGGAAAUGACCGCCAUUUGAUGAUACACGUAAUACUGGGGUCGGGGUUGGGGGGAGGAGGUACUUCGACUUAUCAUUUUUAUCGCGCGUUUUUUUCAUCUUUGUUUCAAUUGAAAAUUUCGAAAGUAAGGCAAGGGUGUGAUAACGUAUAUUUUUGAAAGCUAAGAUAAGAAGGAUGACAAUGAGAAAGAGAAAAUAAUGAUGAUAAUGAUAAUUUUAUUUUUAUUAUAAACGCGCGACGAUCUGCUCAGUUAAUUGGCUUCCAGUUAUAUUAUAUACACAUAUGGCUCAUAUGAUAAAUCUCUUAACUAUAGAAGAAAUAGUUUUUUUUAUUGCCUGUACAAAAUGAUGAAAAAAGUGGAAAAAAAAAAGUAUCGUGCAAUUAGGCACUUUUUAAUGAGUUUUUUAAAACUUUCAAUUAAGUCGACUAUGUAGCAAUCUUGUUUGCGCAGAGUUACGUAAUAAUCGGUACAAGUUUUUCUUUUUACUUUUGACACAAACAUGCGAAAUGUAUGAUUCUAAAUUUUGCAUCGCGCCCGUAAUUGAUAAACAACAAAACUUCUAUGUAUUUCUAAGAAUUUUCACAAUUACCGAAGUAAAUAUGAUCAACUUUAGAGCGAUUAGAAAAGACAUUUCGCAAACAGUUUCUACCAAACAUUUCGUAUCAUGGAUACAGGAAUUAUUUUGUAGUUCGAGAGCCGCGUACAUUUUUUUUUCACUAAAACCGAAAAUAGAAAGAAUGUUUUCUUAACAAAAUAAAGAAGAAAAUGGCGAUACGUGCCACAGGGCGACACAAUUGCAGGGUUUCUAUAAUUCACAUUAAACCGAAGAAAAGAAAGCAAAAAAUAAAACGAAAAUGUGAAAAUCGAUUGACAUUACAGCAAAUUAAAGCGGAACAUAAUGCUCAUUGUAUUCUCUCAGAAUAUAAAAAAAAAAUGGCGUAGUUGCUUCAUUUAGCUGUAAUGAGCAUCGCCCUUAAAACUGUACCUUUGUUAUAUUCAAUAUACCAUAAAUUAAAGAGUAUCCAUAAGAAUAUGUGUGUGUGAGAGAGAGAAAGAGUGAGCGAUGUAAAAUGAAAUGUUAGUCUAGAUGAAAUUAAUUUGUAUAAUCUAAUUACGAUUAAAGGUGUCUUCAACGACUUUUACAGACUAGUCUGACAAGAUGGAUAACUUGGGAUAACCAGACUUCUGAGUGGCUGAAACUUUCUAUUCAAAAAAUUUUAAUCAAUCAGGAAUCCGAUUAUUCCAAAUUAUACGCCGUAUCCGAUUAGUCCGUCAAAGCUGUCAAGGCACUUUGAAUUACGAAAAGAUAAUAUACAUAUAAAUAUCGAUGCAUUCCGAAGGAGAAGUCAGUUACGGCUGUGCCGGUGUAUGGCUAGAUAUAAGAUAUGUAUAUUUCAAGAGGUAGGUUUCAUGUUUUCGAGAAUGGUCGUGCAAUUUUGUUCUUAAUUUAAAAAGCAUUUUAAAAAGCAUUGAGUUAAAGUGUCUCAGAGGCUCAACGCACCUACUUCCGGGUUAAGGUAGUUGGAUCGCUAUCCCAAAGCCAUGUCAAAGGAAAAAAAUUUAACAGAACUUAAGAUACAAAUAUUAAGUAAUAGAUAUUAUAAUAAAACUUGAAUACUCUUCACCUUGCCAAAUCUUGCAAAUGUAAAGUAACUGAUUCUAUGGUGGUUAGGUUGCAAUUUGCCCUCGAAUAGAAAGAACUAUAUUUCUAUGAAAAAUGAUCAGACUGUCUAUUGUAUUGUUCUUUACGAUUUGAUUACACGUUCACAAACAUUCUCCACGUGUUUGAGAGUCACAGUUAAAACUAACAAACGAAACUGCAAGUGUUUCUUUUAGUCCCAAGAAAAUUUCCUGCGUCUCCUUCGCAUAAUAUAAUUUACUGCAAACACACGUCGCCUUAACACUGGACCAUCCUCACUAUGCCAACCAAUCGAAUUAGCUUAAGAAUAUUCCGCUAGAUUCAACCAAUCAGACUCCGUUUUCCGUUGUAUAUAUGGCUACCAAUCGAAAUGCUUCCUACGAUAGAUCCCACUUUCGCUCGAUCGUACUUUCUUUAACGAAUAAUUGUAUAAGCGUGUGUGUGUACGUAAUAUUACAAAAAAGUGAAGAAAGAUAAGAAAGAAGAAGACAUCUGGCACAUCCGUGACAUACAUAUUUAAUAAUUAAAAGAGAAUAUGUAACUGAGAUAUCAAUGUUAUCAUAAUUUUCUGAUUAACCCAAUAAGGGGUACGUAAAGAUUAUAUGUAGUAAAAGGAGAGACGUUUAUCAAUUUGCACUUUAUAGCAGGUUUCUUUACCUUCGGACAAGUUCCCGAUAACUUUAUCUAGAAAAUAUUUCGUAGUAUUGAGGACGAUUGAAGUUGAAGAAUUCAGAGACUGAGUUAGAAAUUAUUCGGAGGUGAAGAAACCGGCCAUUAAUCGUUACAAUUAUUUGUUGAUUGUCCAAACUGACAGUUAUUAGAAAAGUUAUGAAACUCAGUAUUAUAUAUUAAUUUUAUACAAAUAAUGCUCAUUGAUAUUAGCAUACAUAUAACCUAUUGGUGAUAAGGAUCGUUCAAAUUACUCGCACCUGUGGCGCCUCUCGACUUUAAUUAUUGUACGUUAUCGCAGCGAUUAUGUCAUUAACAUAAUUUAUUCAGCACGUAAAUCUUUUAAUUGUCUAAACACUCAUCGGUUAUAAUUUUAACGUAAAUUUCGAGUCAUACCAAACAUAUGCACAAACACACGCACACGCGCGUCACGUUUGCGACGCUUUUCACCUGAUCUAGUUUAACCUGAUAUAACCUAACCUAAUAUAACGCGAUAUUUAUCUUAAUAUUUUUGUUGUAUUCAUUUUAAUUUUCUCUAUGCAACAAGGCAGAGGGAAAACACGUAUCGUCCAACUCAUGCAGUUAGUUAUGUUAGUUUAUUAUUAUACCUAAAUUAAAUAUUUGUAACAAAUGAACUGCAAGCGGGCGAUUAUGCGAAAUUUAAAGUGAGACGUUCAAAAAUACGUUGCCAAUAAGAGAAUAUACUUAAUAAGUUUUUAAAAAAAAACUUACAAGGAGUAAAGAAAAAAGGAGCUGUAUGACUACGCACGCACGCAUUUUACAUUCCUUAUUUUUGGCGGUUGUAUAAAUUUUUCGUUUUUCAGCUAUACUAAGAAAAUCAAACUAAACGCCGACUACUCGUAAUUUCAUAGAGAAUUAGAGAAAAGUGAGAAGCACGUGUGCAACAUGGACAUAUAUGGUGCGUGUGAUAGGGCGAAUCCAUACUAAACAGAGGCAAGAGACAUUUAUGAUGAAAAUACAUAGAGAGAAAAUACAAGAGAACGAAAAAAAAAUGUAGAAAUAAAAACUGGAUGAAAAUUGAAAAUUUUCAAUAAGCUGAAGUGUGCUCGAAAGAAUAGAUCUAGAGGUGGGAAGGGUGCGGGACAAGCCUAAGCAUGUACAAUAAUGUGUAUAAUUUUGUUGUGGAAAAAAAGGCAUAAGAAGAAUGAUAUAUAUGAAUAUAUGUAUACACAUAAUCGGAAAUAAACGAAUGCCAAAAUUACGUUUCGUGCCAAAGGAAAAAAAAAAAGAAAAGAACGAUAUUGAUGAAAUAGCAAGAAAAGAGAAAAGAAAUAUUUG